CGUUCAAGGCGUCCAAGUCCGCUCGACACAACCGUACGAACUCCUAGCGCGUCCGCAUCGUUAGGGCAUCCCCUAGAGUCUCGCAUUCUCUCGAACAAAGGCACCGAGUGCCUCAAAAGGCAGAACCACCCAAGCAACCAGCCCUUCCGACCCCAAGGAGUCUGCAGAGGUAUCACCCUUUCGAAGGCGGAGCCAAACGAGCCAAGAUGGUUUACGAAAGCGACUUUUACACGACUCGACGACCCUACUCGCGGCCGCUCGCGUCCUCCUACACCAUCACGAAGCAGGAGACAUUCCCGUGGGAGAAGGUUCCCUUGGUCCCUCGGCCGUCGUUGGUCCCGGAGCCGUUCACGGUCUGGGGUCGCAAAAAACUGGACCCGCAGAAGGAGUUCUACCAAUACGCGACGAUCCGCGAAAAAGAAGGCAGCGUCCGCGGGAAGGACUUGGCGAAGAAGAACGACCACUCUAGACAGCUGAUCGAUGGCGGCGCCGUGGACAAGGUGGGCCUGGACGCGGCUGCCGAAUUAGCGACCAGAGGACACGUCUUCGAGAAAGGAGUCCUGGCAAGGCCCCCUGGGAAACAAAGGCACGCCGUGACGCCAGCCACCGGACGCACCAAGAUCCUGAUGGCGCUGCAGACGCCAUCUUGGUACCGCUUCUGAGCGGCGACCUCCACCUGGCGACCUCCUCCAAGAAAACCGCCCCGCAACCUGCACCGCCAGUUUUUAUACAAAUACAAGCCGAACUCCUGCUCCACCCUGGUGGUUGAUUACUUUAUACAUAACGCUCCCGAAGAGAAAUAUGAAAAACACCGAACAUUUGCGUACCUCUAUCCAGCACGCGCUAAGUAGUCCAGUCGCUUCCGCAGAUCCAUACACGCGUAGAUAUGGACUGUUAACCCAAUUUCGGAAUUAGGAAGAGGAAGAAGAGGGUGGAGGGCAACUUUUCUCUUUCGCUUAAGGGGAUGUGAAAGUGCCAUCCUAAAGCUCAAUCG